AAGUUGUGGAAAACUGUUCUUAAAAAGUUGACCAAAUCAACCCGCCAACGGAUCCACCCAAUCUCCAUUUGGAACUAUGAUCUCAAAUACCGACGAUAUGUUAACACUUGUUUGAUAUUCAAACUACGCUUGGAGAUGUAACAAAGAUGUCACAGCAUUUAUAACGAUGCAGGCAGCGUUUUUUAGAGCAGCACCUUCUCUGUUGGGCCAACAUAUAUUGAAUCUUUACAUGGACUUAGUAAACAAUGCGGUUAACAUCAAUUCAAGUGCCAUAUGGGCCCAGAUGUCCUUGGAUGAAGUCAGUGAGAAAUUGCAUCAAAUGUUGUUGACUAAUGAACGCUAUGUCGGAACUGUAUCAGACGUCAUCCUCAGCGAGAAAGCGAAUGCAAACGAAAAAAAUUACACUUUAGAAAAAGAUUCUCUUUCUGUUAGCAUAUCUCGUGUAGAAUUUCAGCAAAACUCAGAGACAAUUGCUCAGUUUAAAUACGAUGACACAUUCAUUUGGACAGAUGAUAUUGGUACUCUCAAUCGUUCGGAAGGAGAGGAUCUGAAAGUGUAUGCUUUGCGAUAUAAAUCAUGGUCUCAUAUGAUUCGAGAAAUAUUGAUAAAGCAAUCGGAAUUGACAACAAACUCUUCAGUGUUGGAUGAAGUGGAUAUAGAAAACCAUUCUCGUCAUACAAGAAGUGUUGAACCUUCUACUGGAGAAAUGACACAAAAUAAAUCGUUUAUCGGUGAAGGAGGCGUGGUUUCGUUAUCGACUAAGCAAAACGGAGUUAAACGAUCAGUGCCAGUAACAUAUUGGAUCAGAUUUGAUGAAGAAACAUUUUUAAAUUUAACGGAUUCAUCUGAUAAAUCAAAUUCACAAGUCUGCCUAUCAUGUGAAUAUCUUGAAGCAGAAACAAUUUCAUGGAAAUCGAAAGGUUGUCACGUGGUAUCCGCUGAUAAACAAGGAGUUACAUGUAAAUGUAAUCACACAACAAACUUCGCAGCUUUUAUGAUGCCAGCCGAAACGAUGUUUGAUAUGACAGAACAAGAAUCAUUGAUAUUUGAUACCAUUUCAAUCAUCGGAUCAGCACUUUCUGUGGUUGGAUUAUUGGCCUCUCUUACCAUUUUUUACUUGGUCCGACAUCUUGUCCGGAAUGAACGAUUCAAAGCACACACUAACCUUUCAUUGGCUCUUCUGGGAGUUCAUAUCUUAUUUUUGAUGGGUGAUAUUUUUCUAAAGAACAAUACAGUUUGCGUGAUUUCUACAGUGUUGACACAUUACUUUCUUCUAGCCUCGUUUAUGUGGAUGCUAGUAGAAGGAAUAUUUUUAUACUUAUACGUAGUCCAGGUCUUUAUGCGAUCAAAAAUUGCAAGCUACAAUUGGAUGUAUGCCGUAGGAUGGUUAAUUCCAGUACUGAUUGUGGCAAUUGCAGCCGGUUAUGGAAUUCCACAUGACUUGUAUGUUAUGGAGAUUGCCGAGAAGAGAAGUGAGGUAGAAAUUACACCCCAAUGUCCAGAAGGCACAAUGCCUUUUCCACCAAGAAACGAAGGGAAAGUUACAAUCAGGGACUCUGGUGAGCAGAAAUAUGAGAGGUGCUGGUUGAGCACUUCAAAUUGGAUGAUUUGGAGCUUCUUGAUACCAGCAAUAUUAGUUUUGGUUUUCAAUAGCAUUAUAAUGUGCAAGACUCUUCAUAUUUGUGUAACGAGUUUGAAAACUUCUUCAAAAAUACGAUCAAGAAAUAAAAUGUACAACAAUGGUUCGAAGUCCAGCCCUCCACGUUCAUCUUCAUCUUCGAGGUAUGCUUCUGGUCAAGCAUCAUCGAUUGAAGAACAACAACAUUUUGGAACAUAUGAUCGAUUACACGGCCAAGCCGGUAACGGAAAGACAACGCCUACAAGAGUGCCUAUUGUUGUAUCUACAUCUCCUUGUCUUUUACAGGUAACAACAGAGGAGGAAGAGUGUAAGCAGGGAAUUAACGAUAUCAAAGAAGACGACUCUGUCUCUUCAACGGAAAGCUUAGCUGUUGCGUUCAAAACAGAAUCACUGCAUCCACACAGCAACGAUAACAAAGAGGUUUCAGCACCAAGAUUCCAAACUGUAAGCGGAGAUUCGACAAGGCUUUACAAUAGCCGAACAUCGGUGAUGUACAGAAACUCAGUUAGCUGUUCUCCUAAAGUAAAAGUGCGAUCACCAUCGUUUAACAACAAAAAUGCCCCAUUGGAAUCUACAGACAAGUAUCAUUUCUUUCAGGAUGCUAAAACAGCGGUCAAAGGCGCUCUAGUACUUCUUCCCAUACUGGGCGUUCCGUGGGUGUGUGGAUUUCUUGCUCAUUUCUCUCAAGUGUUCACAAUGCUUUUCAUAAUUCUCAAUUCAACGCAAGGCAUUGCAAUAUUCAUAGUAUAUUGCCUUUUCAACGGAGAGGUGAGAAGAGCGAUUCAUAGAAGACUGGAAAAACGAAAUAUGAAAUAUGCUGUCGACAACGGAAGACGUAGAACGAGCAGUACAAGUACUGUCGCCCGUAGCUUUCUUAGAUUUGGACGGAGACGGAGCACUGUAACCACAACAGCAUGAAACAUCACAGUCAAAUUCGCAACUUGUAAAUAAAUGAGCAUUUUGCCAAAACGCAAACGUCAUAUGACCACUUGAAAGUGGGAUGACAUAGCUACGAUAUAUGGCCUUUUUUCUACUUAAUUGUAUUAUAAAUGUAUUUGCAUGCAAGUUGUUUUCCUUUUUAUAUUGCUGAAAGAAAGAUGGUUUGAUUUAUUGAUCAGCUACACAAAAUGUGUAUUGCAAGUCAUGUAUGUAAAGGACUU